AUGGGAGGCAUUCGUGAAAAGAAAGUUGAAUACUUUGCUAAGUUCAGAUCUUACCUAGAAGAAUACAAGUCUAUCUUCAUCGUUGGUGUUGAUAAUGUUUCUUCCCAACAAAUGCAUCAAGUCAGAAAGGCUUUGAGAAACAGAGGUGUUGUUCUAAUGGGUAAGAACACCAUGGUCAGAAGAGCUAUCAGAGAUUUCAUUGCUGACUUACCAGACUUUGAAAAGCUACUACCUUUCAUCAAGGGUAACGUUGGUUUCAUUUUCACCAAUGAAUCUCUACAAGAUAUCAAGGAUGUCAUUGUCUCCAACAAGGUUGCUGCCCCAGCCAGAGCUGGUGCCGUUGCUCCAGAAGAUAUCUGGGUCCAAGCCGUUAACACCGGUAUGGAACCUGGUAAGACUUCUUUCUUCCAAGCUCUUGGUGUCCCAACCAAGAUUGCCAGAGGUACCAUUGAAAUUGUUUCCGAUGUUAAGGUCGUUGAAGCCGGUACCAGAGUUGGUGCUUCUGAAGCCGCUCUAUUAAACUUGUUGAACAUUUCUCCAUUCACCUAUGGUCUAACUGUUGUUCAAGUUUACGACAACGGUCAAGUCUUCCCAGCUUCUAUCUUGGAUAUCACUGAUGAUGAAUUAGUCGGUCACUUCGUUUCCGCUAUCUCCACCGUCUCUGCUAUCUCUCUAGCUAUCGGUUACCCAACCUUGCCAUCUGUCGGUCACACUUUGAUCAACAACUACAAGGACUUAUUGGCUGUCGCCAUUGGUUCCGGUUACCACUACGCUGAAAUCGAAGAACUUGUUGACAGAAUCGAAAACCCAGACAAGUACGCUUCUGCUGCUCCAGUUGCUGCUGCUGCUUCCGCUUCUGCUGACGCCGGUGCUGAAGCUGCUGCUGAAGAAGAAGAAUCUGAAGAAGACGAUGACAUGGGUUUCGGUCUAUUCGAUUAA